UAAGGUAACGUUGGGUUUGUUGAUUUUCCUGAUUGUCUGCUCAGAUGUUUUACCUGAGACGAUGAAAGAAAUGAAGUAUUAAAUCAAUUAACAUGCCUUAGUAUUUCUAAGGCUGUAUCAAAAAUUGAUUUGUUUUGAUAUUUUAUAAGAGAUUUUUAGCAUGCCCACAAAAGCAGAAUUCAGUAGCAUUUCUAGUGAUAUGGAAGCUUUGCGUCUGAAUUAUCAAGAGCCAAGUCAUAGCUGGACAGACGAUUUGCCUGUUUGCAUGCUAUCUGGUGUGGGAUUUUCAACAAAUCAAAAAUACAAACCAAAUGGAUUUCGAAGUGAAGAGCACCCUUUCGAAGAUAGGAGUUUUCAUUUCCGGUAUGAUGAGAAUACUUAUUUUUAUGGAGUCUUUGAUGGGCAUGCUGGUUCAAAAGCAUCAGAUUUUUCAUCCCAGCGAAUGCCAGCUGAAAUUCUUUUGGGACAGUUGAAAGGAAAAGAAUCGGAUGAAGAAGUGAGGGAAGUCUUACAUCAAGCUUUUCUAGCUGUUGAAAGAAGUUUCUUUGAAUCAAUUGAUGACUUACUAGCAGAGAAAGAAAAUCUUCGCCUACAGUUACAGGGACUACGUACUUUUGAAGCAAUAAAGCAAUAUCCAGAUAUUGUACAGAGACUUAAUGCAGUUACGGAAGAAAUUCAAAGUGGAAGUACUGCAGUGGUUGCAUUAAUUUUGAAAAAUAAAUUAUAUGUAGCCAAUGUAGGUGAUAGCAGAGCUGUCCUUUGCACUGAAGAUAAAAAUGGAAAAAUUUCUUUCAGUCAGUUGAGUUUUGACCACACAUUUUCUAAUGAAGAUGAAUUAUUAAGACUUUCUCAUUUAGGAUUAAAUGUUCAGAAGUUAACUCAACAAUCUAAACCUGGGCUGCAGAAUUGUACACGAUGUAUUGGAAACUACACUGUGAAAGGAGGAUAUAAAGAAUUUGAUAAUUUGAGUGAAGCCGAAGAUGAGCCAGUUAUUGCAGAACCAAACAUAGUUGGUGGCAUAAAAAUUGAUGACAAAUGCAAAUUUCUUCUCUUGAUGUCUGAUGGCUUAUAUAAGUGCUUAGAAGAAGCAACUGGCACAUCAAAUACAAACGCUAUGCUUGUAAACAUGGUACUGGAGCAGUUUUCUGAACAAUCAACUCUGAACGGUGUUGCUCAAGCUGUUGUGGAUAAGGCUGUCCGUAUUCACCAUGAUGCUUACAUGAGAGACACUGAAACUCCCAGAUGCCAAAAACACGAUGACAUAACAUUACUAGUAAGAAAUUUUAAUUGCUGUCUCGGAAAUAGUGUUAGUACUACAAGUGAGCCAAAUCCUGUACUGCUAGCAAAUGAUACAAGUAAACAAAAUGUGUCUGAACAUAAUACUUUGUCAGACAUUCAAUCAUUAGACACUUCCUUUGAGAAAACUGAAUAUACUGAUGAUGUCAAUCCCAUGACAGAAAAUGAUGCCAUAUCUUUGACCAGCAGUUCCGAUUCGGCAAGUCGACAAAUGUUAUUUCAAUUUUCGGGUAAUAUGUCUUUGGAUGAUGAAGGGCGAAUCAAGCCAUAUGUUGACUUUUCUGAGUUCUUUGUUGCUGUUGAAGAAGCAUAUAAAAAUGGACUUGUACCUGAAGAGUGGCUGAAAUCUAGUUCAUGAUUAUUAAAUUGUUUUUAUUAUAUUAUAAAUGUUGUUAAGUUUUUAAGUAAAUCAUUAAAACAA